AGACCGGACCAAGAAGCGGGCAAAAUCAGAAAGCACCUGAUCUUUAAACUAUUAGGUUCUUCUCUGAUUGAAAAUGAGCUUAUCAUCGCCAACCAGUGCUUGUAGCUCAUCGAGAUGUUACUCCUCGGGCUUGUCGUUGCCGAUUGGAUUUCGAUCCAAUCCCUCAAUGUGGGAUUGGUUUGUUACCCGAAAAGACACAGUAUUGCUGCUCGGAAGUUUGUCGUGGCUUGCUCCUCCUCUUCCGGUUACGGCAAGCCGUGAGUCGUCCUCCAGCUUGGAUGAUGAGGCAAGCAGGAAGCCUUGGCAAGCAUUCAGACCAGCCGGUGUCAUCAUUUUCUCUGACAUCCUCACGCCUUUACCUGCAUUCGGUGUGCCUUUUGACAUCGAAGAGUUUGUUGGAGAUUCUCUCAAGAUUUUGAGACGAGAGGUUGGGGAACAUGCUGCGGCACGGAGCUCACUGAUACAAAUAUUCGAUUCAUGGGGUGGCCAACUGACUCCUGAGAUGUGGGAGCGCUGGUCCAAACCCUACAUCGAAGAGAUCAUUCAUGCUGUAAAAAAAAAGAUGUCCAGAUACGCCGAUAGUUUUCUACAUCAAUGGAAAUGCCUACCUGUUCUCUCCGCUUCCUGCUUUAACGAAGAAAUUGAGAGAGUUGUGAAGUGUGCUGGACCAAAAGGGCAUAUUCUCAAUCUAGGACACGGUGUCUUGGUAGGGACACCAGAGGAAGCCGUGGCUCAUUUCUUUGAAACCGCUAGAAACUUGGAUUACCAACACUUUUCCAAAAUCAUGUUCCUGCAGAAAAAGCUGAAUCUGAAUUGGUUGCCUGAGAAAUGUUGAACAGACAAGUAAGACAAGUCCCUACGCUGUAGAAAUCUUCCGUUUUAAGCUUGUGAACAUAUGUUUGAAUCUUUUAAAGUUGGUGCAGGAAGCAGAGAAAAGGCUCCAUGUCUGACCAUAAUUGAUGCGAGAGUUGGUAACUUGCUAUGAGAUACAUUCGAAGCUGUCCAGUUUUUGUUUGGCUUGCCUGAGGAUAUCCAAUAUUCUGGACCAAGCUGUGCUUAACUCUUAACAAUGUAUUGAGUUGCUCAUAGGCUUCAAAUGUUGCUGCUUCUUUUGGAGAUAUGACUCUGGUUAAAGUUUAACUAAACAUUAAUCUGGUUAAUCUCAAACCUUUGCUCUGGUUCUUAUUCCAUUUUUUUCACAUGGUUCGUUCUAGAUCUCUGUAUCUGAUGUGUCUUCUCUCCUGAAACCAAGUAGCUUGUAUUAUUGUAUCAUGGACUGCAAAAGAUAACGCAGAAGAGAGAAGUCUCUGAUCUCAGCCUGAAUCAGAUUUGUGUUCCCUCUGAUUCGGUUUAAUUCAAUUUUCCGGUUCGGACUUCUGAUUGUAAACCGAAUUAAACUACAAACUCAGAA